GCCUUUGCUUUGCUUGGGAUUACUGUUGUGCUGUUGGCUUUCUCAGACAAAGAAAACUCUGAAAAAAAAAACUUUGAAGUUUCUCUCUCACUCACUAACAAUGGAAAUGGAAGUUGAAGAAGAACUUCCAUGUCCGUCUCCAUCACCCUACAAGUUUUCCUCUUCGCUUUUCAAAGACAUUUCGAAUUUCAAAACCCCAAAACGCCCUUCUCAUAAACCCAACUUCCAUUCCCCUUGCACUCAAUUCUUCACCGCUUCCAAACAGACCCCCCGGACUUGUUCGUCGUCGUCUUUUCGCCGCCGGCCUUCUUUGGCUCCACCGUCGACCCGGAUCAAUACCGCUCGUAAACUCAAAGCCCUCGAAAUUGAGCAGUCACAAUCCUCUCGUAAGACCCAGAUUGAGAAUGAACGCUCGCUGAAAUCGCUAGCCAAGUCGCUUAACGUCUGGCUUAAUUUUCUGUUUGAAAACCCGGCUUCGUGCGGCUGUUAUUUGUCGACCAAUGGCGGGAAUGGAGAUCAAAUUGACCAGGUAUCGGCUCAGGGGAAGAGGGAUAGUUAUCCGGGCAUUGGGGUCCGGGUUGACGCUGCCUGGCGGAACCCGAAGCGUCAGAGAGAUUUGUCAUGGCGAGCAGUGGAGGGUGAGGAUAAGGAUAAUGGGGUGAGGUUUUCGAUGUUUGGGUAUUCGAGUCUGCAAUCUUCGUUGAAAGAUGUUUGUAGUUUCGAAGAUUUGAAGCAGCGAAUGCGGGUUUAUUUAAGCUUGGGCGGUUGCAAGGAGAUUUUUGAUGUUAUGACUCGAGUGUCUAAGCAUAUUGAUGAAGGGAGGUUGAAAAUGAAGGCACACUGCCCUUUAGUAACUGAUGUUGGUCUAAGGGAUAAAGCCAUCAGAACCCUUAUGUGUUACAAUCCUAUUUGGCUUCGUAUUGGCUUAUACAUUAUUCUCGGUGGCGAGUCUUUGUUGUCUGAUGGAGAUGUUAGUUUUGAUGAAGAAAUGGCAUUUUUGAGGAUGAUUAUUGAGAAACAGUUCUUUAUGCAUGCUGGCCUAGCAAAAUCGUAUGCUUAUAACAAGAUGGUUGAGGGUGUAUACAGACCGGGGUAUUAUGAAACUUUAGGGAAUGUUGUAUUGAAGAGAUUUUUGUUGCUUGUUCUUGUUCUUGAUAGAACUAAAUGUCAGAGCAGUCUGUCUCUUGAGUAUGGUAUUGAUGGAGUGGAUGGAGGUUCCCCUUUAUUGUUUACAGUUCAAUCCACUUGUAAAUCAAGUCGUCAGGUGAUCCAUGAUUUUUUGUCAUCAGAUAUUAUGCUUGGAGAAGGUAAUAUUCUAGCACAUCUGAUGAUAGUAGGGUACAAAGUAUCUUAUCAGCAGAGUCCCCUUGUUGAGUAUGAUUUUCAAGUGAAAGAUUUAUUUGUUGAUCUUCAAGAUGGUGUCCGCCUCUGUAGAGCUACUCAGCUCUUGCUGGACGACUCCUCCAUACUAACGAGAUUGGUAGUUCCAUCAGAUACUCGCAAGAAGUCAUUGGCAAAUUGUAGAGUUGUGCUGCAGUAUCUUAAGCAGGCUGGUGUAGCUUUAUGCGAUGAUGAUGGAGUGGAGAUUAUGGUAGAUGAUGUUACUGAUGGGGAUAAGGAGUUAACUCUUGCCUUGCUCUGGAACAUGUUUGUUCAUCUGCAGCUACCUCUUUUGAUGAAGAAAGGAGUGUUAAUUGAGGAAAUUUACAAAAUUCGUGGACCUAAUAUGGAACAUUUGAACACUUCCAAUACCACUCCUUUGGAAUUGCUAUUAAGUUGGAUCCAGGCUAUCUGUCAGAAGUAUGAUUGCAAGAUUGACAAUUUUUCAACUUUAGUUGAUGGGAAAGCCAUAUGGUGCCUACUUGAUUAUUAUUUUCGCAAGGAACUUUCUUGCUCUUGUUCAUUAAAGGAUUCUUGUAGAUCAAAUGCUGAAGAAUCUAUUGUUUUAGUUGUUGAUUACCCAGAUGCAGUCCACAAUUUUUUAUUAUCGCAGAAACUGACUACUUUGUUGGGAAAUUUUCCGGAGGUUCUACAAAUCAGUGACAUACUUGAAUUUAAUGGUGCAUGUAAUGAUAGGAGUGUCGUGGUCCUAUUGGUGUUCCUAGCAUCACAAUUAAUUGUCAAGAAAAAUAUGGAUCAAUUGAAUUUUCAUAAAUUCUUGGGUUGUCACUGUCAAGGUCCAGGGAGAAAGUAUUCUAGUGUGGAGCAAUAUAGUCCAGAAGUAAUGCAAACCAAAGACAAUACUCAUGGCCAAAGUACUGAAGAUGCUGCAAGAAAGUUUAAAGCCAUCCAGGCUUGGUGGCAAGAUAUGACAGAAAGGAAUUAUCCUUCAGUUGCAAAACCAGCUGUAUCUAAUUUUCAGCAUUUAUCUGUAAACAUAGACAACGCCAACUCUCAGAGAGAAAAUGCUGCCAAAAUCAUACAAUCUCACUUCAAGCGGGUGAUUGAACGCCGCAAAUUUUUGAAGAUGUUAAAUGCUGCUUCAAUUUUGCAAAUUGUUUUUCGGGCUCUGUUAAUUGCAAGGAAUAAACCAUCAUAUACAAAUUUUAUUGCUAUUCAAGUACAAGAAUCUCCGUGUGAAAGAUGGAAGCAGUCUGAACACUGGAAGAGAUAUGCCCCAUUCAUUAUUGACAGGCAUGGUUUUGUCAAGCUAAGGAAGUCAGCAUUGUUUAUACAGCAAGCGGCCAGGAAUUGGAUUACUCGGAGACACUAUAGUCGUGAUAUUAUAACUAGUGAUGUACCAGAUAGUAAUUUAGUCAAUGCUUCUAUGAUCAUUCAAAAAUACAUUCGAGGGUGGUUAGCAAGGUCUAGGUACAUUCGUGAGGUUGUUCAAAUAGAGAAACCUUUAUAUUUACAUCAAGAAAAGGGUGCACAUGAUCUUCAGAUGGUUUCACCUGCUGAAGUUCACUUUGCUUUGGAGGAUUCUAUUUUUUGCAACUCUUUCCAAAAUCAACACUUCGCAGCAACAAAAAUCCAGUGUCAUUUCCGUAGUUGGUUGUUGAGAAGAAGUUUUCAAAGUCAAAGGCUAGCAAUACUAAAAAUCCAAAGUACUUUUCGAAUGUUCAGAUGUUUGAAGGCUUAUUUACAAAACAGAAUUUUAAUUAAGUCAACAACUAUUGUUCAAUCUUUUGUGCGUCAAUGGAUUUCCCAUAGAGAAGCUUGUAGACGUAGGCAUCUCAUUGUUACAAUUCAGAGACAUUGUCGAGGUUGGUUGGUAAGACGGAACUUCUUGUCCCAAAGGAGGGCUGUGUUAAUGAUUCAAAGUGUUGUUCGAGGUUUGAAAUGUCGGAAGGAAUUUUAUUGCCACAAAGAAGCUUGUAGACGUAGGCAUCUUAUUGUUACAAUUCAGAGACAUUGUCGAGGUUGGUUGGUAAGAAGGAAUUUUUUGUCCCAAAGAAGGGCUGUAAUAAUGAUUCAAAGUGCUAUUCGAGGUCUGAAAUGCCGGAAGGUAUUUUAUUGCCAUAGAGAAGCUUGUAGACGUAGGCAUCUCAUUGUUACAAUUCAGAGACAUUGUCGAGGUUGGUUGGUAAGAAAGAACUUCUUGUCCCAAAUAAGGGCUGUAUUAAUGAUUCAAAGUGCUAUUCGAGGUCUGAAAUGCCGGAAGGUAUUUUAUUGCCAUAGAGAAGCUUGUAGACGUAGGCAUCUCAUUGUUACAAUUCAGAGACAUUGUCGAGGUUGGUUGGUAAGACGGAACUUCUUGUCCCGAAGGAGGGCUGUGUUAAUGAUUCAAAGUGCUAUUCGAGGUCUGAAAUGCCGGAAGGAAUUUUAUUGCCAUAAAGAAGCUUGUAGACGUAGGCAUCUUAUUGUUACAAUUCAGAGACAUUGUCGAGGUUGGUUGGUAAGAAGGAACUUUUUGUCCCAAAGAAGGGCUGUGAUAAUGAUUCAAAGUGCUAUUCGAGGUCUGAAAUGCCGGAAGGUAUUUUAUUGCCUUAGAGAAGCUUGUAGACGUAGGCAUCUCAUUGUUACAAUUCAGAGACAUUGUCGAGGUUGGUUGGUAAGAAGGAACUUCUUGUCCCAAAUAAGGGCUGUCUUAAUGAUUCAAAGUGCUAUUCGAGGUCUGAAAUGCCGGAAGGUAUUUUAUUGCCAUAGAGAAGCUUGUAGACGUAGGCAUCUCAUUGUUACAAUUCAGAGACAUUGCCGAGGUUGGUUGGUAAGACGGAACUUCUUGUCCCAAAGGAGGGCUGUGUUAAUGAUUCAAAGUGCUAUUCGAGGUCUGAAAUGCCGGAAGGAAUUUUAUUGCCAUAGAGAAGCUUGUAGACGUAGGCAUCUUAUUGUUACAAUUCAGAAACAUUGUCGAGGUUGGUUGGUAAGAAGGAACUUCUUGUCCCAAAGAAGUGCUGUAAUAAUGAUUCAAAGUGCUAUUCGAGGUCUUAUUUGCCGGAAGGUAUUUUAUUGUCGAAUUCAGGCAACAUCUGAAAUUCAACGUUUUGUCAGGGGGCACAUAACUCAGAAGAAGCUCAUAGGUGUUUCUUCCAAAUAUGCAGUCCUCCCUAGUGCUCAUCAGAAUUGUGAAGUAAACUUUGCUCUUCGUUCUGUUUUAAAAUUACAAAGGUGGUGGAGGGGUGUUUUGUCACUUAAUCAGAAAACAAAGUCUGCCAUAAUAAUUCAAUCGCAUGUUCGUGGUUGGAUUGCUAGAAGGAAUGCUACUAGAGAGAGGCAACACAUCAUUGUGAUACAAUCCUACUGGAAGGGUUACCUUGCACGGAAAGAUUCAAGAGGACAGCUACUGGAUUUGCGCUUGAGAAUGCAAAACACAGCUGCAAAUGUGGAUGAUGGCAUGCGCAUCAUAAACCGACUUAUAGCAGCACUCUCAGAAUUACUGAGCAAGAAAAGCAUUAGUGGCAUUCUUCAUACUUGUGCAACUUUAGAUAUGGCUACACAGUACUCUCAAAAAUGCUGUGAGAAGCUUGUGGAUGCAGGAGCCAUUAACACUUUGCUGAAGCUUAUUCAAUCUGUCAGUCGAAGCAUACCCGAUCAGGAGGUUUUAAAGCAUGCACUCUCUACUCUUAGGAACCUUGCCCGCUAUCCCCAUCUGGUUGAAGUGAUAGUUGACUGUCAUGGAUUCAUAGAAACUAUUCUAUUGGAGAUGCUAAGGAACAAAGAGGAAGGAUAUUUUAUUGCUUCUGAACUCUUGAGGAAAGUAUGCUCAACUCGUAAAGGAAUUGAAAUCAUACGUAAGAAACCUGCCUUCUUGAAAAGGCUACGCAAUCUUGUUGAGGAACUUACCAGGAAGGCAAUUAAGGAGAAGAGGAACGUUCGAGGACCAAAUACGAAAGAACAAACAGAUAGAAGAUUAAAAGAGGCUGUUCAUCUUCUUAAAAUGGCAACUUAAAGUGACGAGUGAAUGGUGGUGGUGGUGUUGUAUAUGAUGCUGUGGGACACGGUCUUUGAUUGUUCAAAAUUGAACAUGCACGUUCAAUUGAAAGGUAGUGUUUUUACUUUUUUAGUUAGAAACUGAGUGAUGCUGCAGUUAGUCAGGUUUAGAAUGUUGUUUAUGAUACUGUAGGAUUUUUUUUUAAUUGUUAUUAUUUUGGUUGAUCGAAGUGAUCAUGUAGAAAUUGUUAAGUCAUGUAACAUAAUACAGUGUUAUUACUUAUUCUGCAUGGAGUACCUUAAGAUCCUAAUUUGCCAAGUAUGUAAUUUAUGUAUGCCUUUGUUUUC